CCUAUAAAUUAUUCUAAAAUGUGAAUAUGUUUGAGGAAGAUGACUGGAGCAUAUCUGGCAAUUCUACUGAUGUUGACCAACUCGAAAGAAAUCGAAUCAGAUCGACUGUACUACAAGUAUCAUUAUGGAUAUACACAGUAAUCGGACUUUACAUUUUAAUAGCUCUGACUGUAUAUGAACGGUCUGCGUACCUAAAACGGAAACAUGAAAGUGUGAGUUUGGUUCUCGCUAGCAAAGGAUCAUCAAAACGAUACGGAAUAUACUUACGAUCAGUAAACAUUGCUGCAGCGGUUAUAUUUCUCUGCAGAACGGCUCUUGAACACGCAGAAAUUUUGAUUGAAGUCAACACAACAUACGAACAUUGUAAUCAAGUCGUGCAAACAAAAUUCGUGUUUUCUGGUCUGUUUUUCUGUGCGAUUUACCUGUUCCUAUGGAUAAGGCAAAGGAUGUGUUACAACAACGCCCUAAUGAGCCAUCUUACUUCAACACUGACGCACUUUUUUAGUUGGGCAAGCCUAGCGGCGUUACUCGCUGCUGAAAUCCUGACGACGGGGCUGUUCUUCACAAGAAAAUACAAGAGGAGCGGCCUCGGGUGUGAUGUCAAUUCAACAUCAAUUCCUGCCUACGUCGCCUGGGUUGUUUACGGAAUCACAACCGCAGUUUUCCAAAUCAUAUUCAUUGGCUUGUUCAUCUACCCGUUAUCAAGGCAACAAAGUUUAAUGAAGUUCCACAAACUAUAUAAAGAUAAAGCGCACAAGCUGAUGCCUUUAAUUAAACGAUCAUUAACGGCUUGUCUUGUGUGUGUAAUCACAAACCUAGUCGUUUCUAUAUUAGUUAUAACUAUUAAUGAACCCUAUAAUAUAGUUCCAAUACUGCUUUACGAUUUCAACUUAGUCGUAAACUUGCUUGCGGUAAUCUCGUCCUUUUCAAGAUGGAAGAUUAUACUUGCCCCGUAUACCCAUGCAGCUAAGAUUGCCAGUGUCGACGACAGCCACGGGUUUCAAACCGAGGAUCGUACCUCGUCAAAACGACAUAACAACGCACAAAGGCAAUGGAAAUUGGUUCGUAUGGCUGUUGAACGAACAUCCAGCGUCUUUACGAUUAGUAAUAAUUCGGUUUCGUCACCAGAGGACGCCACAGAGGAUAAAUCAGUUGCCAAAUCUGUAGGCAAUUUGUUUGCGAGCUCAAGUUCCAAUAUCACGGCAAAAGGGGCGUCGAGGUCUGUCUCGUGUGAAUGAACAGAAAACAUGACCAUAAAAUGUAAAUUAUUUUUAAAUAUGGAAUAUUUACCUCUAAUGCUCCAGACUGUUUGGUUCCCAUAUUCAGAGCUAUCAAUAAAUUGCCCUCCCACGACAAGCCUGGCGCGUCUAUCUAGUGCACCGAUUCUCAAUCAGUGGGCCAUAUCCAACUGCUGGGGCACUGCAACACUUUCAGAUGGGCCACAAACCACUAAAAAUUGCUAGAGUUAUUGAUAAAUUCAUUGUCAUUUGUGUCACUAUAGUUAAAUUUUGAUUGUAAUGGUGAUGAACGAUAUUACUGUUUUUUGUUACUGAAGGGUA